AUGCUGAGAAAACUUUUUCACAUCCUGGUCUUUUUUUCUCUUCUCAGUGUGGCAUAUUUUGUUGUGUUUCUAUUUCACAGCAGAAACAGCACUUUAUUUUUUUUUACAAAACCACAAAGUAUGGAAAACGGAAACGACGCACUUUCCCAGUGGAUUAAGGAACUUUUUAACCUGACGACUAAAGCUCCAAAUGAAGGCCAAGAAAAGAUACAUGUGCCACGCACUAUGAGCAAGACUUUGGGACCCUGCCCUGACACCCUUCCAAAUCUUGUGGGUCCACUCUAUGUGGAGUUUGAUUCCACACGGACUUUGGACGAUGUGAGAAAGGAGGUCGAAUCUCAUCUUCAGGAAGGCGGACAGCACAAACCACCAGACUGUAUUGCCCAACAGAAGGUGGCGAUCAUCAUCCCAUUCAGAAAUCGGCAUGAGCACCUUAAGCACUGGCUGUAUUACCUCCAUCCUAUUUUGAUGCGACAGCAGUCGGACUACAGUGUGUAUGUCAUCAACCAGGAUGGAGAGGGAGUGUUUAACCGGGCGAAACUGAUGAACGCAGGCUACGCUGAAGCACUGAAGGAAUAUGAUUUUGAGUGCUUUGUCUUCUCUGACGUAGAUCUGGUUCCUAUGGAUGACCGUAACCUCUACAGAUGUUUUGACAGUCCCAGACACUUGGCUUUGGCUAUGGACAAAUUCAACUUCCACUUACCCUAUGACCACUACUUUGGUGGGGUUAUUGCAUUGUCCAAGGAGCAGUUCUUGAAGAUUAAUGGCUUCCCAAACACUUACUGGGGCUGGGGUGGUGAGGACGACGAUAUGUAUAAGCGAAUUAUCCUCCGUGGAAUGUCCAUUUCUCGACCUGACAUGGUGACAGGAAAGUACAGGAUGGUCAAACAUAAGAGAGACCUGCACAAUGAAGCUAACCCAAAGAAUCCUGACAAGAUGCACCAAACCCAUUUGACCAUGAAUGAAGAUGGGAUUAAUUCCUUAAAGUAUACAGUCAAGGAGAUUGUGAGGGAUAAACUGUUCACUUAUAUCAAUGUGGAUAUUCAUGCUCCACCAAGCUGA